ACCAUGAAGAGACAAAACGCCAGGACUCUCGCGCUCAUCAUCAGCAUCCUCACCUACCUGGUGGUCGGGGCGGCCGUGUUCGAGACCCUGGAGUCCAAGCAGGAGAAGAGCCACAAGAGGAAGCUGGACGCCAGAAAGUACGAACUCAUGCGUAAAUACAAUUUAUCCAAAGGGGACUUCGAGGAGCUGGAGUCCGUCGUCCUGCAGCUGAAACCUCACAAAGCUGGGGUGCAGUGGAAGUUUGCAGGCUCCUUUUACUUCGCCAUCACUGUGAUUACCACCAUAGGUUACGGCCAUGCGGCGCCCAGCAGCGACUCAGGGAAAGUGUUCUGCAUGUUCUACGCCCUCCUGGGGAUCCCGCUCACCCUGGUCAUGUUCCAGAGUCUGGGUGAGCGGAUCAACACGCUGGUCAGGUACCUGCUGCAUCAAGCCAAGAAGUGCCUGGGAAUGCGUCACACAGCGGUGUCCAUGGCCAACAUGGUGACGGUGGGCUUCUUCUCCUGCUUGAGCACGCUGUGCAUUGGGGCCUUGGCGUUCUCCCACUGCGAGGGGUGGAGCUUCCUCCACGCCUUUUACUACUGCUUCAUCACGCUCACCACCAUCGGGUUCGGGGACUACGUGGCUCUGCAGAGGGACGACGCGCUGCAGAACGACCCUCGCUACGUGGCCUUCUGCUUCGUCUACAUCCUCAUGGGCCUGACGGUGAUCGGGGCCUUCCUGAACCUGGUGGUGCUGCGCUUCCUGACCAUGAACACGGAGGACGAGCGCCGGGACGCCAAGCAGCGGGCGCUGAUGUCCGUCGGUAAGCCCCGAGGAGAGGUGGCGCGUCUGCUUCCACUCUCGGCCUCGACCUCCUCCACGCCCGUAGCAGACGACUCCACAAGGGCGAAAGAGUUGAAAGGCGUCUACACCGAGGUGCUGCAUUUCCAGACUAUAUGCUCGUGCUUGUGGUACAGGAGCAAGGAGAAGCUGCGGGGCUCCAUCCCGCAGGAGCUGACCUUCUCAGACGCCUACAUGCAGCAGAGCGCAAACUGUCCGCACUACAUGGAGCCGGGAUCGACGGGAUGCGCCUGCAGUCCACGUCAGUGCUCGAGCAUAAGCUCCAUAGCGACGGGCCUGCACAUCCUCUCUCCGUUCAGGAUGUUCAAGAGACGCAGCUCCGUGUAGCCUUUCAAUAAAGCUGCACAAAACGUUGAUACUGCCAGAGAGCAGAGCUCACAGCAAAGA